AUGCAUGGAGGCGUUUCAGGAUAUCUUCUAGUAAAUGCUGAGGUUGAUUCCAUGGGAGGAGUUAUCGAUAGUGGAGGUGGUAUUGGUAUCAAAACAUCUCCGCGCCGAACAGCAAUUGAGAAGGCUCAAGCGGAGCUAAGGCAAGAGUAUGAUGUCCGUGAGGAAAGGAGGAGAGAAUUAGAGUUUCUGGAGAAAGGCGGUAAUCCCUUGGAUUUUAAGUUUGGUAUUGCAACUUCACAUAGCGUCCAGUCUACAUCACUCACAGAUCAGCAAGCAGAACAUUUUGUAAACAGUGAAGUCAAGGAUAGUUUUGCUCUGGCUGCCUCACCACAUGGAGACUCUGUGGAGAGUAGCGGUAGACCCGGAGUUCCUACAAUUUCUGAACCUAAUACAGCGGAUAAUCUUUUACUGUUUGAUUCUGAAAAUAAGUCAGCUGAAGGAGAGAGAAAUUUGAGAUAUCCUAAUAGGCAAAACAGAACUUCUGAGUCAGAACGGUCUUCCAAAGCAAACACCAAUCAGAAUACCAAAGAAACUGAAGAUUCUGCCAUUUUUCGCCCCUAUGCUCGUAGGAACAGAUCAAAGAUAAACCGGGAUCCAGCACGGUCAAGUUCCACGGAUGUAGUUCAGAAUCGUGGUGGCGUGGCAACGUCGAUCUCUAUUCGCAGAGGAUUAGUAGAUGGAAAGGGUUGCAUUCCCGAAGCAGCCAAUCAAAGGGAUAGGCAUACAACCUCUGUAUCUUGUCCAAUAUUUGAAAAUUCAAAUGGUAAUAUUGUUCCGAAAAAUGUAGCUCCCACCAAUCCGCUGAAUUCUAAGGUGGAUGGUGGACCUGUUGUACGAGACAAUAUUGCUGGAUCCAAGACUAGUCUAUUGAAAGAUGAAGCAGACAUUACACAUAGAAAAAGCUCUGCAUAUUUGCCAUUUGAAGAGACUAGUCUUGCUGGGAAGAAGGCACAACUAGUUUUGACUAGUACAGAGAUUGGCUCUCCCAAAGCCGCAACAAUAGCUGGCCAGGACAAUAAUUCUAUCCAAUUGAAUGGCCUAAGAGAUUCUACGGGAGAGAAAGAAAACUUAGCAGAUAGAGGAGCUGCAGGGACAAAAGGGUUAGAGUCAGAUUCGUCUCAUGCUAACAACUUAGAAGUAGAUGUAGGUACUGAAGGAGAUCUUUAUAGAGUGGGAAAACUUGAUUCAGAUGAAAUCCCUAUGCAGAAGGCUUCAAGCGUAGAGGGGUUGCUGAACCAAACAGCUGGUGAACGGACGAAAACUAAGAUUGAGGAUGAGACAGGUCAAUCUACCACCAUUAUUAGUGAGUGCAGUCCUGGGCGUGAAAUGCAGAUGAAUUCGGUUAAAGUUGAAGAUCAAAGCUACAGAAGUAGAGCUGAGCUUCAAAAUGAAGAGAAAAAACUUCAAGAUGGGUUGGUUGUACCUGAAAAUGACAGGAAAGUUAGUAGUGUUUUAGCUGACAAUCCUAGUAGCUCUUUGAACCCUGGAAUUCCUCAGGUAUCAGUAGACGAAAGUUCCUGCAUGGUUGGUGAUAAUGUAUUGUCAGGAACUGACGUUGAAGCAUCAAAACAUCAGCCUAGCUCAGAUGCUUGCAUAAAAGUGUUAGAUACUUUGAGGGAAGACUCUAUCCUUGAGGAGGCACGGAUAAUACAGGCAAAGAGAAAAAGAAUUGCCGAGUUAUCUUGUGGUACCGCACCAGUGGAGGUUCGUGAGAAAUCUCAAUGGGAUUUUGUCCUCGAAGAAAUGACAUGGCUGGCCAACGACUUUGCGCAGGAGCGCAUUUGGAAGAUGACUGCGGCCGCACAAAUUUGCCAUCGAGUUGCUUUGACUUGUCAGUUGAAAUUUGAGGAACGAAUUCAGCACAGAAAGCUGAAAAAUAUAGCUUCAAUCCUAUCUAAUGCUAUCUUGCAAUUCUGGAGUUCUGUGAAUGUUCCUGAGGAGACAAGCGUGGGAAUUGAUAAGGAGACUUGCCAAGAAUCUAAUCGCGAGAAUGGCAGAAAAUAUUUAGCUGUGGGUGUCAGGGAGUAUGCAAGUAGAUUUUUGAAGUAUAACAACUCUUCUAUCCCCUAUCAUUCAGCUGCACCAUCAAUGCCCAACUAUAUAUGCGACCCAGAAAUAUUGGAUGUAUCUCUGGUUGAUCAGUUUACAGAAGAAAGCCUAUUUUAUUCAGUUCCAUCUGGUGCUAUGAUGGUGUACCAAAAGUCCAUUGAGACCCACAUCGCACGCUGUGAGAAGUCUGGAAAUAGCAUGCAGGAGGAGGUUGAUACAUCAGGCUAUGAUGCUGCUGGAGAUAUAGGAUACGAUGUCACUGCCUUCGAUGAAGAUGAAGGAGAAACAAGUGCCUAUUAUCUUCCUGGAGCUUUUGAAUGUACCAAGUCAUUUAAUCUAAGCCACAAAAAAAGGAAGAAUUUGAUGAAGUCUCAUUCUGCCCGGUCAUAUGAUAUUGGAGCCGAUGUACCAUACGUCAACUACACAGGGGGGUCUAACUCAUCGAAUUUGAUGAAAAGGCCUACUAGUAAUAUCAAUGUCGGCUCAGUACCGACGAGGCGUGUCCGCACUGCUUCCAGGCAGAGGAUUGUGAGUCCUUUUGGCUGUACUACUUCUGGGAAUUUACCAGCGCCCUCAAAGACAGAUGGGUCUAGUGGAGAUACUAGUUCUUUUCAGGAUGAGCAAAGUACUUUGCAUGGUGGUAAUUUUGUUCAAAAAGGAACAGAGGUUGAAUCAAGUGGUAAUUUUGAGAAGCAGUUACCUUAUGAGAUGACUGAAACGUCAGGAAAACCUAAGAAGAAGAAGAAGACGCAUAUGGGAUCUGCGUACGAACAAACUUGGCAUCUAGAUUCCUCAAUCCAUACUGAACAGAAGGACCACUGGAAGAAGCGAGCAGAGAAUCAUUUCGAUAUGAAUGGUCUGUAUGGUCCUCAUAAUGCAAAGAAGCAAAAGACUACAAAGCAGUUGGUAGAGCAUAAUUUUGAUAGUGCUAUUCCUCUAGCUGGAUCUAUUCCUUCUCCGGCAGCUUCCCAGAUGAGCAAUAUGUCCAACCCCAACAAAUCGAUUAAGUUUAUUGGAGGUCGUGAUAGGAGCAGAAAAAUAAAAGGCCUGAAGAUUUCUCCUGGGCAGCAUGGUUCUGAAAAUCCGUGGUCGCUAUUUGAGGAUCAGGCUCUUGUUGUCCUGGUGCAUGACAUGGGCCCUAACUGGGAGCUCAUUAGUGAUGCAAUGAACAGCACUCUUAAAAUUAAGUGUAUAUAUCGUAAUCCGAGUGAAUGCAAGGAGCGGCAUAAAAUUUUGAUGGAUAAGACUGCUGGUGAUGGGGCUGAUAGUGCUGAAGACUCGGGGAAUUCUCAGUCUUAUCCAUCCACUUUGCCUGGCAUUCCAAAGGGAAGUGCGAGACAGUUGUUUCAGCGACUGCAAGGGCCAAUGGAGGAAGAUACCCUGAAGUCCCAUUUUGAGAAGAUUUGUUUGAUUGGGAAGAACUUACAUUAUAGAAAGACACAGAAUGAUGGUCGGGAUCCCAAGCAGAUAGUACCAGUUCACAAUUCACAAGUCAUGGCUCUUUCUCAAGUAUUCCCGAAUAAUCUGAAUGGAGGGGUCUUAACGCCCCUUGAUGUCUGUGAUGCGUCAACUUCAGGUCAAGAUGUAUUUUCACUUGAAAAUCCAGGUCUUCCAACGUUAAAUCAAGGCACGCCAGGGCUCCCUACUUCUGGAGCAAAUCCAUCCACUCUUGGAUCAUCUGGUGUGGGUCUCGGCAACAAUUUACCAACCACAGCUGGUCUACACAGUCCUUCAGUCAGGGAUGGUAGAUUCAACGUUCCCAAAGGGUCUUUGCCACUUGAUGAACAACACCGACUCCAACAAUAUAAUCAGAUGUCAUCCGCUAGAAACAUGCAGCAGCCUUCUUUAUCAAGUCCUGGAACAGGAUCUGGACAUCGCAUGGUUCCUGGUGGAAAUGCGAUGGGUGUUAGUGGAAUGAACAGGAGCACACCCAUGUCCAGGCCUGGUUUUCAAGGGAUGGGCUCACCAGCAAUGCCAAAUACUGGUAGCAUGGUGGGAAUUCCAAACAGUGGAACUAUUCACUCUGGAGGAGGAACUCCUCAAGGAAACUCCAUGCUCAGGCCUCCACGUGAAGCAGUGCAGCAUAUGAUGCGGAUGCAGGCUGCUCAAGGGAACAGUCAGGGGAUCCCAGCUUUCAGUGGGUUGAGUUCUGGAUUUACCAACCAGACAACUCCUGUUCAGGCGUACCCAGGGCAUCAGAUGUCACAGCAGUCACAUGUGCUUGGCAACUCGCAUCAUCCUCAUCUCCAGAGCCCAAGUCAUGCCACUGGUGCACAGCAGGACGCAUUUGCUCUACGUCAAAGGCAAAUGCAGCAGAGGUAUGUGCAGCAGCAACAGCAGCUACAGCAGCAGCAGUUUCCAGCAUCUGGUACCAUGAUGCCACAUGGACAACAACCUCAGGGGACUUCUGUAUCUUCUUCUCCACAAAACAGUCCUCAGACUCAACCACCCGUUUCCACUCAGCCAUUACCGAUGCCCCCAGUGUCGACCUCUCCUAAUAUGAAUGCUAUGGCACAACAGAACCCUCAAAAAUCUUUGUUGCCGCUUCAUAGUCUGGGUAGGAAUCCUCAGUCUGCUGCUUCUGGAGUGAAUAAUCAAGCUGGAAAACAACGGCAGCGACAACUCCAGCAGCAGUCGCAGCAGUCUGGUAGACAACACCCACACCAGAGGCAGCCAAUGCAAGGUCAACAGCAGAAUAAACAAUUUAAGGGGAUGGGUAGAGGAAUCCAUCAAAACAUCACUGUUGAUCAGUCACACCUGAAUGGUCUCGCCAUGGCCCCAGGAAAUCAGGCUACCGAAAAAGGAGAGGCAGUGGUUCCAGUUAGGCCUGAUCAGCAGCAGUCUAAUGCAGGGGCUGCCACGAGCACGCAUCUGCAGGCUAAACCAUUUGUUCCACCACAGGCUUCAAAUCAUUCACAGCAACUGCCAAAAGCAUUUCCUGGUGCUUCAUCUCCGUCCCAGCAACAACAGAUACAGCUACCUUCAGACAACAGCACCCAAGGCCAGAGCUCACCUGCGCCCCCAGGUAACAUCGUAUCCACCACUACCUCGUCAAUUACACCAGCAGUUGCACCUUCUAGCCACCAGCAUUUAUUGCUACACCAAAAGCAGCGCAAUCAAGUGCAGUCAACAGCUCAACGAGUUGUUCAUCAUAAUUAUCUAGGGAACUCUGACUUAUCGAGGAAGUUCCCAGCUGAACGUAUGCCACGUAUUGCGCAGCCUGUAAGCAAUCCCACCCACCAAACACCUAUUAUGAGUAUUACCAAGGGUGUGCCUCAAGCGAGUAAUGAUUCGAAAAAUAUAAAAGCAGUUGGUUCUACCGCUGCGCCUUCUUCAAAUGCAUUGGAACCUCCAUCUUGUGCCGCCUCUGUGCAAACCGCUGCUCCUAAAGUAGUAAACAGCUCUAAUACAGAUUCAGCUGGGAGUGAUCCAGUAACAACACCGAACCAAGGACUGGCUCAGAAACCAUUGCCUGGUGGCUUGCCUAUUCAGGGUCCAAAGGGGGUGAUACAGAGACAACAAUCUCUACCUUCAGUAGAAAAGAGACCAAAAUUGCCAGAGCAGCUGACUGUACAAAAUCAGAAACAUCUUGCUUCUGAUCAGCAGCCUCAAUUAGAAGAAGCACAAGAACUAUCAUCUCCCAAGCCUCCUGAUACAAAAGUGGAAUGAGGAACCACGACAGAUGAACCUAGAACCUCAGAGUAGCUUGUAGAUCCUGCAAGAGCUAAUGCUUGCCAUUACCGUCAUUGGUUGGUCCAGCCAAACUCUGAAGAUUGAGUUUGCAGAUUUGAUGAGAGCAAAGGAAGAAGAUAAAUGGGGAAGAAGAAGCCAGAUCAAAUUCAUGAUGGUCUAUUUUGCCUCUUGAAAACACACAGAGAGAGAAGGUAUAAUCAAUCAUCAUCAUAUGUAAAUUACCACUGCAUCAUAGAGAAAAGUCCCUAUCUUCUUUCUUCCCAUCUUUUGGGGUUUGGAAGAGUAGAAACAGUUUAUAAUGUUUUGUAUAGAAGUCUGCUCUUCCACCACCAAUUUUUUUUUCUUUCCUCAUCUUGUGCCGCAUAUAUUUAGGGCCUUAGUAGCCUUUUUUUUUGUCUGUUUGUUCCCUUCUAAUUAUCUCCUCUUGUGGGUUUAGGUUAGUUUAAUCUGAAUGUAUUAUUUGUUCUUUCUCCUUUCUUAAUGGUUAAAUUGAGAAAAACCAAAAAAAAAAGAUCACAUGCUUCCCA